UUGAUGGAAGAUAAAUUUUAAAAGGACAGACAAUUGCAGUACCUUCCUUCUACACAGCACAGCUUGUUUUGUCGAAUCAAAAUUUGACCAAACUGUGAGGAAGACCAUAGACACCAUUAAUUGCCAUCAGAACAAUGGCGAUUCCGUAUGCACGUGUGUUUGUUGUGUUUGUCAACAGCGUAUAUGCGACUCUACUUUUGAUCUUGGUCGGCGUUUCCCUCACUGUUAGUUUCCUGAAGAUCUCCGACCCCCUCACCGUGUACAAGGGGUCUGUCAUCACAGACAUCAACAAUGCCAUCACCGCCACGGGCCUUGGUCCGGAGGAUUACUAUGGAGACGGCGACCUAAUGCUGUUCCUGUCCGGCUUCCUCCUGGUUGUCUUUGUUGCUGGACUGCUGGUCCUUGUUGUUGCACUUGCCGGUUGCUGUGGUGGUUGCUGCAGAAAUUCUGCAAUAACAAAACUGUACGCAGCGAUUCUUAUCACGUUCCUCAUAGUAGAAUUCAUCCUCGUCAUCGUAAUUUACGGAUUCUCCGACAGUAUGAUGAUGGGUUCUAUUAAGAAGACACUAACAUCCGUUGUGGUCUCUGAAUACCAAGGACUGGUCGGGAACAACACAGAAACCUUUGGAUGGAACUUCAUCAUGACCAAGUACCAAUGUUGUGGGGUUUAUGGAUACAGCGAUUUCACAGCGACCGAGGUCUGGAAGUCUUCGCUGGUCGCCGGAGGAACAACGUAUAAUCUGAAGAUCCCUAUCGUGUGCUGUGACGAGCUGCCAUCUUCCACUGACUUGAAUUGUACUGGGACUAAAACUGGAACCAAUGCCAACAAGGGUUGCUUCGAGGAACUUUGGAAGGUGUCCGCAGGGAAUUUACCUAUUGCUGUUCUAGCUCUAGGGUUGGGGCUGUUUCUACAGGUUUUACUGAUCGUCGCGGCGUGUGAUUUAUCAGCAAAAGACAAGAAAGGAAAAGUGGAACCAGUUGUAGAAGUGGACCAAACAAUGAAGCGUGGACUACCCUUCAAACAUUAAGAUGUUAUACUGGAAUUCGAUGUUUUACGAUUUGUGUUGUUUACUAUUGUUUUGUUUUUAAAAAUCGAGUCACGGGUUCUGCGUUUCAAAACCUUAACCCGGAAGCCAUGCUCUCAAUAGCAAUGUUGCCAUUUUAACAAUGAACAUGACAUUUGUUUUUUGUUUGUUUUUUGUUUUUUUUUUUCAUUUUUCAAAUGUUAUUGUUCAAACUGUUAAUAUGAUUUGUUAAUUCAUAUAUUUUGGAUUUCUUGCAAAUUGUUUGUAUAUAAGUAAACUGUUAUACCACUCAUUUGUUAUAAAAUUAAAAUUCACCAUCUUGUAUUCGCAUAUGUUUGCAUUAUAAAUCAACCUACGUUGUUUCAACACAUCUACUGUUUUGACCUUUUCAGGUCAUCCAGUUUAGAAGCCACGGGUUUGGUCGCUCUAGGUCGACUGUUAAUAAUUAUAAGUACCGAGAAUAUUAUGGACAAUAAUGAUAAUCACGUUGGGCGUGGCUAUUUAGCGCCUGUCGUACAAAUCAGCCGAACUGAAUGUGUGAAACGUCUCAACGAUCAAUUGUGUAUUAAUUAAGACAUUCCAAUUCACUCAUUGAGAUUAAACAAGAAUGUUCCAGUUCAAUGCAGUUUUAACUGAUAAAACAUGUAUUAUGUCUAUCAUUUUUUGUAUAAUUAUAUUACUUGUUUUUGACACGUUUAAUCAUGAACUAAUUAAUCAUUUAUAGGCAACCAUUGUAUAUACAUAUAAAAUAAAACGGAAUUGUAUUUGUUCA